AUGGCAGAUUAUUCUUUUGAUACGCUGAAGCAUCAGGCGGAGUCUUUAGGACUCGUCGGGGAUGAUGUUGCCAAAUAUGUAGUUAGUCAGCAGUCGUAUUACAGGGAAGAAAGAGCUAAGGAAAGAGAUUUGGAAAAGGCAAAGAUCGAAGCCGAAAAGGAAAUAGAAAAAUCUUUUAACUGUAAAACUCCAGAUCAUUACAGAAACGAAUUUAGAUCUAGUAAAAUCAGAGCAGGUGAAACUUAUCAACAAUUUUCUCUACAUCUAGGCCGCCUUUUUGAUGACUGGAUAAAGGGUCGUAGUGUACCAGAAGACUUCUUUUCUCUUAGAUCCUUCAUGAUUUUUGAUCAGUUCGUCUCCUCUCUCUCUCCAGAUUUAAGAAUGUUCAUUAAGGAACAUAAUGUCAGUUCCCUAGAAUUAGCUGUGGAGCUAGCAGAUACAUGGGCUUCAGCCCACAAUGCUUAUCCCCGCGUAUCAAAUUUUGAUAGGGGUAGAAAGUUUACUCCUAAUCCCCCUAAGAAUGUUAAAGCAGAAUUGUCAAGUAUACGUUGUCAUUACUGUGGAGAGCAGGGGCACAUUAAACCUGUGUGUCCAAAGAACCCCCUUUCUUUUAAGAAACAUCCCGAGAAGGUAGGAUUUUGCUUAGAAGAAACCCAUUGCAAUAAAUAUUCAUCUUCUGGAACUGUGAAUGGAAUGUGGGUUUCAAGAAUUUUAAGAGACACAGGUUGUUCUUGUAUAAUUGUCUCUGAUGAUUUGAUUCCAGAAGCUGUUACCUUAAACUGUAAAAUGGUUCAAGUUGCAGAUUAUUUAGGUAGAGUUAACUCCUUCCCACAGGUAAGGUGUUAUAUUAGGUGCGUAUACUUUGUUGGGUGGGCUAAUGUUUUAAGGGCACCCAUUAAAUUUUGUAAUGUGCUCAUCGGGAACUACCCUGGAGUCCAGGACUUAAAUCAAUCCAUCACUGGGGAAUUGAAAAUUAGCCAGGCAGUCCAAACUAGGGCCGCUAAAGUAAAGCGCAUCCACCCAUUAGUAUUACCUGAAGUGGAGGCUUUAGAAGUGACUCCCCAAGAAUUUGCUGAUUUGCAAGUUAACUGUCAAUCACUGGGUAUUAUCCGAGAAAAAGUAAAGUCGGGUAGUACAGACUUAAAAAGGGAUGGCAAUGUAUUUAAAUACGAAUGUCUGAAUGGGCUAUUAUACCGGACUUGUAUAGAUUCCAAAUUCCAGGAGAAGGUGGGAAAACGCUCUUUAAUUGUCCCUUCUACUUGUAGAAAUAUUGUACUUGUGCUUGCUCAUGAAAGCCCACUCUCCGGUCACUUCUCUCAUCGGAAGACCGAAUUAAGAGUAAAAGAUCACUUUUACUGGCCAGGGAUGGGAUCAGAUAUAAGGGAUUUUUGCAGAUCCUGUGACAAGUGUCAGCGCUUUUCAUCCAAGGGUAGAGUACCUCCUGUGCCCCUCAAACAGAUGCCAAUUAUAACAGAACCUUUUUCAAGAGUAGCCAUUGAUUUGGUCGGCCCCCUAAGUCCGCCUUCUUCUGAGGGACAUCGAUAUAUUUUAACCCUCAUAGAUUUUGCCACAGGCUUCCCAGAAGCUUUACCUCUAAGAGAAAUAGAUUCUGUGUCCAUAGCUGAGGGUUUACUAGUAAUAUUCUCUCGGGUUGGUAUCCCCAAAGAAAUUCUUUCUGAUAGAGGUACCCAGUUCACUUCCCAGUUAAUGAGGGAAUUACAUAAGAUAUUGGGGGUUAAACCUUUGUUUACAACCCCAUACCAUCCUAGUUGUAAUGGGAGGAUUGAAAGGUUUCACUCCACUUUAAAGGCAUCUUUGAGGAAACUUUGCUCAGAUAAGCCUAAGGAAUGGCAUCGAUAUUUAGUACCAACCUUGUUUGCCCUUCGUGAAAUGCCUAGCGAUAGGACUGGAUUUUCUCCCUUUGAUCUUUUGUAUGGUAGAACAGUAAGGGGUCCAUUAAAUGUCCUUCGAGAUUUGUGGGAAGAUAAAACGGCCACUAAAGAUGAUAGGACCACUUUCCAAUACAUAAUUGAUCUAAAGGAAAAACUUGCUGGUUGUGCUAAAAUUGCUGCCCAGAAUGCAGAGAUUAGCUCUGCUAGAUACAAGACUUAUUUUGACUUAAAAUCUCAAGAUCGUCAGUUUAAACCAGGGGACGAAGUUUUGAUUUUGCUCCCCGAUAAGGCAAAUAAACUACUAAUGGCAUGGAGUGGACCUUACAAAAUUUUAGAGCGGAAAAAUAGAGUAGACUAUUUAGUUGAUGAAAAGGGAAAAGCUAAACUCUAUCAUGCAAAUAUAUUAAAGAAGUACUUCAGAAGGGAAAAUAAAACAGUGUGUGUAGAUAAAACCGUCUUGGUUGGUGACUCUGUAAAUGUGCUAUUUACUCAAUUUUGUGUAAAUGAAUUGGAUGAUUUUGAUUUGAUGAAACCAAUUACCUCAGAUGGCAGAACUGAUGUAUCAAAUAACACUUCCCCGGAUAUUUAUGGAGGUUUAUCCUUUGAACAAAAUGAGCAAAUACGAGGAUUAGUUAAGCAGUAUAGAGAGGUAUUCUCAGAAAUACCAGGAUGUACACAUGCCAUCGAGCAUGACAUAAUUUUAGCAACCACUGAACGGUUGAAGGCAAAGAUUUACCCCAUACCAAUUCACUUGAAACCCCAUUUCAAGGAGGAAGUAGACAAAUUGCUGGAUUUAGGUAUCAUUAGACCAUCAUCCUCGCCAUUCUGUUCUCCGGUAGUUAUGGUGAAGAAAUCGGACGGCACCUUUAGAAUGGCCAUUGAUUACAGAAACUUAAAUGCUAUCACAGUAUUCCACGCUGAACCUGCUUGUUCAAUUGAGGAAGAUCUCUAUAAAUUUUCGGGAGCGAAAUAUUUUUCAGAGUUGGAUUUAACAAAAGCAUAUUACCAAAUACCCCUAACAGAGAGAGCAAAACCUCUAACAGCAUUUCCUACUCACCGAGGUCUAAUGGAAUUCACUAGGUUACCAUUUGGCUUAGUUACUGCUUGUGCAACAUAUAUUAGGUUGAUGAGAAUUGUUCUAGAAGGAUUGCCCAAUGUUACUUUCUAUUUUGAUAAUAUUUUUAUCUAUGGUAUUUCUUGGAAAGAACACUUAGAUUCUCUCAGAUCAGUAUUAGACUGUCUUCGAAAGCAUGGUCUCACAGCACGUCCUUCUAAAUGUAAGUUUGGCUAUGACCAAAUCCAUUAUCUAGGUUUUAUUGUUGAUGGAAAACACUUGCGUCCUCAGUUUGAUAAAGUUGAAGCUAUGUUGAAAGUACCGCUACCUGUUACCAAGAAACUCUUAAGAUCUUUUCUUGGAAUGAUAUCCUUUUACAGGAUGUUUAUUCCACAAGUCUCAUCCCUCACAAGCCCUUUGUCAGACUUGCUUCGAAAAGGGGUUCAUGAGCCACUAAAAUGGACUAAUGAUUUAACAGCUAAAUUUCAACAGCUUAAAGCUGCUAUGGCUAGUGAGCCAAUUCUCAAGAUCCCAGACGUAAAUCUUCCAUUUGUUCUUAGAACAGAUGCAUCAAACUCUGGAAUUGGAGCAGUCCUGCUCCAGUAUGUUGAUAACCAUCCCUAUCCCGUAGCAUAUGCUAGUCGCAAGUUACUAGAUCGUGAAACGAAGUAUUCUACUAUUGAGCGUGAAUGUUUGGCUAUUGUGUUUGGGGUCCAGAAAUUUGAUUAUUAUCUUAUGGGAAAGGAGUUCAUAUUAGAGGUGGACCAUAAACCUCUUGUUUACUUAAAGAAUUUCAGAAGAUCAAAUAACCGUGUUGUAAGGUGGGCACUUAGUCUGCAACCCUAUAAAUUUAGACUUGUACAUGUAGCUGGUCGUGAUAAUGUGGGUGCCGAUCUUUUGAGUAGAUCGUGCUAGUCUUCUAUCUAUCAGAGAUAGAUUCUUAAAGGGGGGAGUUGUGUGAAGGAAUGGCCUAUUAAAUGAGGAUAAAAUAAUUACGUGGAUAGUUAGCUGUUUAGCUAACUCUGAAGCUCCAUGAAUCCGAACCGAUUCAGGUUCGGUUUUGUCAAGAAUUAAAGUCGGACGAAUAGCUUCCGUGAACGUUCAGUUCGUUACUAACACGGAACGGGACUCUACCUUCCUCGAGGGCCGGAGGAGGAGACGUCCAUUUAUUUUCUAUUCGCUUAAAUACAGUAGAGCCAAGAUUAACUGAGAAAAGAAGUUCUAACGAAAUGAAGACGGAUCCGUGUUCUGUGUUCCUGUGAUCCCGUGUCUGUUCCCGUGUUCGUGUUCCUGUGAUCCCGUGU